CAUUACGUCCCUUUACUCAACCGAACACGAUUGCACAGAUCUGACUACUUUGAGAUCACCAGAGAACUGCUCGACAUUGCAAACUUCGGCGAGGUAACUUUGAGAUGGCGACGUCCCAGAAGCUGACAGAGCACUUCCUGACAUGUACAAUCUGUACAGAUGUCUUUGACAAUCCCUGCACACUUGUGUGUUACCACACCUUCUGUCGGAAAUGUGUCACCAACUACACCAAAACCAGACCAGAAGCCAUCAGUGCCAAGUCUCUCCAGUGUCCAUUCUGCAGCAAGAUGACAAACGUGUCUGACCCAAAGAGACCAGUAGAGAAGUGGGCGGAUGACGUCAAACCAAGCUUUGUCAUCCAAGAACUCUUAGACUUGUUUGGUCCUGGAUCUAAAGAUACAAUGUCCUGCAUUUACUGUAAAGACGACGGGGAGUCAACUCCAGCUGAUGUUUGGUGCUCUGUCUGUGAUGACGCCUUCUGCAAGAAAUGUGCAAGAGUGCACAAUCGCAUCCCAGCAACUCGUCAUCAUUGCGUCACAGAUCUGUCAAGCGAGGUGAAGGUGAAGAGAAAGCGAAAGGUCAUGUGUAAAGAACACAAGGACGAACAUAUAAAAUUUCUAUGUAAAGAUUGCAAGAAAGCAGUUUGCCACACAUGCUGCACUAUCUACCACAGGAAGUGUGACCAGGUUGUCACCAUAGAGUCGGAGAUACAGACGAUGAAAAGUGUCAUAGCGAAGGCCAGGGGAGAGUUAUCACUGAAACAAGAUGAAGUGAAAAAGCAUGUUGAAAAACAGCAAUCCAAAGUAGACGAAGAAACAACUCGACAUAAACAAAUGGAAUCCGACGUUCAAUCAGCAGGCAGAAAAGUAAUCGACAAGAUUAAACUCAAGGAAAGGAAACUCCUGGCUGAGUUGAAAGAGAUGUCAGAGAAACACAUUGGGCAACUAAAAGCAGAUAUAACGUCAGGUGAAAUGUCAGUACAGAUGAACCAACAACAGACUGAACUGAUAAACCAUGCUCUGCAAUCUGAUUGUGACAUGGAUGUGUAUGAGAUGUAUCCGGGGUGUGAGGCUGGUGUAUUGGAGGCUGUCGGAGACGCAGGCUUGAUGGGGAGUGCAAGAAUAGCUCUGAUCUCAUUUAGACAGGACAACAGGGAACUAAGAAGGGUAAUAGACAAUCUACAACUGGGGGAGAUUGACGUCUUAUAUGAAGACGUCGUGGAUCUGGUGCCUACGCCUGUGUUACGUGACACCAUCAACACCAAAGUAGUAGGGGACGGGAUUAUAAAUGAUCCUUUUGACGUAACAGUAAUGGUUGUGAGUGACACAUAUACAAUUGUUACUACUGACAAUUACAAUAACUGUGUGAAGUCCUUCUACACUAGGAAAAAUCAACCUUGUCACAGUAGACUGAAUCUGAACAAUCAGCCGUGGGGUCUGUCGAGGUUGACACACAAUCAAGUGGCUGUCACAGUGCCACAUAUAAACCAUAUUAUAACAAUAGGGGUCAACCCGGGCCUGGUACCGCUGUCAACCAUCACAACCAGGAAACAGUACAUGGGUAUCACAUCUCUGACACCAUCGACACUAGCAGCAGGUGCCAACUCUCCUCCCUGUGUUGAUAUCCUGGAUAUGACAGGAAACGUGUUGAGGUCAAUCAGUCCACUCCUCAGUGGUAACAAUGUCUUACGGCAUCCCAACUACCUUUGUACCACGAGGACAGGAAACAUCCUUGUGUCUGACCAGGGUUCCCAGUGUGUCGUGUGUCUGACCCCCGAGGGAGAUGUGGUGUUCACCUUCAGACCUACUGGAGACACAGCACUGAAGUGUCCACAGGGCAUCACAAGUACCACCACAGGUGACAUUCUGGUUACAGACAUCUCUCUUGACAGAGUGGUCCAUCUGACGGAGUCAGGACAGUUUGUUGGAAACAUUAAGACUGAUUUAAAGUGUCCCCGCGGGAUUAGUGAUGAUGGGCGUGGUAAAGUAUAUGUCUUAUCCGAGGGUAUUAAGGUCUUCACCUUUGUGACUGUGUAGAAACUACUUUAGAAGAAUAUUCCACAUUGAAGGGAUCACAACUGGGUUAUUAGAAAUACUGAACACAUAUACAUGAUAUAUCAUUUCCGAAGAAAUGCUGGUGGUGAUGUUUUCACGUUGUUCUAAGCGGCCAUUAAUUACAAACUAUUGUGAGCAGAACAUAUCAGUGGAUUUCAUUGACAGGUGACAUUCAAACAGUCGUGGCUUACCUGGCCAAGACAUAAUAAUUUACAGGUUGCCGUAGCAUAGCUCAUAUAUUGGUGACUGCAUUGUUAAACUUUAACGCUUUUACAGGUUCAUGUAUUUGCAUAAUGGAUUGAAGUCUACAUUUCUGACCACAUUCAGACAAUACAUCAUCUUUAUAAUUAUGUAUUUAUUAUAUUUAUUUAUUUUCAUCAACAAAAUCGCAAUAACACAAGACAAUAUACAGAUGGGCUUACCAAUUUCGGAGACAAUCCUAUUAUACCUCUACUUCAGACAACGAAAAAGACAAUGCCUGUAAAUGUGGGCAUGAGAAAUAUAUAAACGACAGGACAAUGUUAUAGAGUUUACAUUCAAAUAUAUUCAAAUUAGCAUCAUAUAUUACAUUAGUAUGGAAGCGUAUUAGUGCCACAGUCUAAAAGGUAUUUAAUCAUCUACGUAGAUCAUAUUUUCAUCGACGAAGAUGAUACUUUAAUCCACGUGGAUGAUUCUUCCAUCUGCGGUACCAUCAAUAAUGAAUGAUUAAUAUACUUUUGCUAAACAUCAUAUCCAUCGAAGCCUAUAUUAGGCAACAGUACCGAUAUUUUAGAAACACAUGGGUAACAUGUCUAUUUCUUUACAUCUCAAAAUAACUUUAUACUAAUAUGCUGGAUUCGUUUCAUUUUUAAUUUUAAUAUUUUGAAAUAAA